CAUUUUAGUUUUUGUCAGAGCCGUCACCAAAUUUGCCGAACAAUUAACUUUGCUAUCCCAUUCUUUACGUUUUUAUAUUUACUGUCACUCACUCUCACGCCCGCGCCUAUACGGAGCCUCUAGUUCUCUGCAAAUCUCUCAGCCAACGUUCAUCAGGAGGAGGAAAAUUGAGGGUGAGCUCGAAAUGGGUUGGAAAGCGGCUCAGAAACUUAUUAGGCACUGGAGGAUUCUCAGAGGAGAUAAUGUGAUGAUUAUAAGGGGCAAAGACAAAGGCGAGAUGGGUGUUAUUAAGCGUGUAAUUCGCUCGCAGAAUCGGGUUAUUGUUGAGGGAAAGAAUUUGGUAAAGAAACAUAUCAAACAAGGGCAAGGUCACGAGGGUGGGAUCUUUACAGUUGAAGCACCGUUGCAUGCGUCAAAUGUUCAAGUUCUUGACCCUGUGACAGGGAAGCCAUGUAAGGUUGGUGUUAAAUAUCUUGAAGAUGGCACUAAAGUAAGAGUAUCGAGAGGUUUGGGAACAUCUGAAUCCAUAAUACCCCGUCCUGAAAUCUUGAAGAUAAGGACUACACCAAGGCCUACAAUUGCUGGUCCGAAGGAUACUCCAAUGGAUCUCGUGUUGGAGAAGACUUAUGAUGCUAAAACAGGGACGGGCAUGCCUGACCUUUAAGAGAACUAUUUUCUUGUUCAACUUUUAUAGUGAGAAAUUAAAACUCGAAGAUGUUGCAGAGUUUGGGAGUGCAUCUUAGUUCUCACUUGUAUGGUGAAUGAUUGGGAGUUUCUCAAAUCGAACCCUGCUUCCUCUUUGUUGUUAUUCGGCUAAUGCAGUGUAGGUAAAAUGGCUGGGAUGUUAUUAAAUCUCUUAGGUUUAAAUUUAUUAUGUUAAGUCAUUCUCAAC